CCCAGCCAUCAUGGAGCUCAGCACAGUCCUCUCUCUUGUUCUGGUCCUGUUGGGCUACCUAUGGUGGAAAGUGACUCGCCCAAAGUCCUUCCCUCCAGGUCCCCUGGCUCUGCCCAUCGUAGGGAAUUUAUUACAGAUGGACUUCAAAAAUCCCUUGCAGGGUAUGAAGGAGUUUUCCAAGGUGUACGGCCCUGUGUGCAGCAUAUACCUGGGAUUCACGCCAGUUGUGGUGGUCCGAGGAUUCAAAGCUCUCAAAGAGAUCCUUAUGACCAGAGGUGUGGAAUUUGCAGACAGACCACACAACAGAAUCACACUUCGCAUUACUGAAAAAAAAGGUUUGGCGAUGGCUCCUUAUGGCCAGGCGUGGAAGGAGCACAGAUGCUUCACUCUGUCUACACUGCGGAAUUUUGGUCUGGGCAAAAAGUCCAUGGAGGAGAGGAUUGCCGAGGAAAGCUCCUAUUUAAUACAGGAAUUUGAAAAGCACAUGGAUAUACCACUAGAUCCACAUUUUGCCAUCGAUAAUGCUGUGUCCAACAAUAUCUGUUCCAUUGUGUUUGGGAGACGCUAUGAUUAUGAUGACUCCCCUUUCCGAGAUGUUCUUAACCUUGUCCAUGAAAAUAUGACAAUGGCCACUAGUAUUUGGGCACAGCUGUAUAAUGCAUUUGGAUUCAUCCACUAUCUCCCUCUGCCACACCAGAAGAUUUUCAGAAAUGUGGAUACAGUUUUUGGAUUCCUUGGGAAUGUGUUAGAGGAGCACAGGAAAUCAAGACAGCCAGGAGAACCUCGAGACUACAUCGACUGUUAUCUGGAAGAGCUAGACAAGGAAGAACAGCAUAAUGGUAAAAAAACCUUUGAUAUUCGGAGCCUAUUUACUAGCAUGGCAGAUCUGUUUGUGGCUGGAACUGAGACUACAUCUGCUAGCCUAAAAUGGUGUCUGCUUUACAUGAUGGCGUUUCCAGAUGUACAAGAGAAAUGUCGAAAUGAAAUAGACAAAGCUCGGGGAGACAGAGACCAACUUAAUUAUGAGGAUCGAGUGAGCAUGCCAUACACGCAGGCUGUCCUACAAGAGGUACAGCGAUUUGCAAGUGUUGUGCCUUUAGCAAUAUCUCAUUCAUCACUACAAGAUGAAGAACUGAAUGGCUUUACCAUCCCAAAGGGAACAAUCAUUAUCCCAGAUCUGUCAUCUCUUAAUUAUGAUGAGACUUAUUGGAAAUAUCCACAUGAGUUUAAUCCAGAGAACUUCCUGAACAAUAAUGGGGAAUUGAUUAAAGCAGAAUCCUUCCUACCAUUUUCUGCAGGGCCACGAGUUUGUCUUGGAGAAAAUCUUGCUCGUAUGGAAAUAUUCCUCUUUUUUACCACGCUCCUGACGCAAUUUGAAUUCCAAUGGCCAGACCCAACAUCAACUCCAGACCUCACAUCAGUGUUUGGGGUCGCCCAGACCCCAAAACGUUUCAAAAUGCGUCUGGUAUCACGGAAAUAAACGUAAUAUCUGCAAGAUCAAUUAUAAUUACCCUUCUACUGUCUGUAAUAAAUGCCUUUGCCAGACUCCUCUACCUUCCAGUUUCCGGUUUCAUUCAGGAUUCAGUACAAAGUUCUUGUGCUAGCUUACAAAGCUCUCCAUAACCUUGCGCCUGCUUACAUCUCCUCCUUCAUUAGCAAAUAUGCUCCAUCUCAGCGUCUUCGCUCAGCCAAACAACCUGUCAUUGUCCUGUUUUUGCACCCAUUCCUUAGACUCUGAUUUGAAGGAUUUCUCCAUGGUUGCACCCUCUUUAUGGAAUGCCCUUCAGCGGGACAUCCGAUUCUCCUUCUCUUAAAAUAAAAUCCCUAAAAACACCCUUAUUUAGGAAAGCCUAUCAGCUCCUCUUAACUCUUUAUUUGCUACAACUUUACUCUGCCAUCUCCCACUGACUGUGCUUCCUUGGUCCCCAAGGAAAUGUAAAACAGGAAAUUCACUGAAAUUAGAUAGUUUCUAUAUGCACUGUACGUUUGCAUUACAACAUAAUACACACAAAGGCUGCAAUACAUUUAAUCUUGUAUUUUAAAUAAUAAAAAUUGAUGAAUGUUUUCAUUUAA